CAAGAUACACUCGUGUACACACUCACACACACACACACACAUACACACAGAGGGUGACUAAAAAGGCAGAGGGACACAUAUGCUGCCUGAGGAUGGAGGCGAGAAUACUACAUGGGAGGAGAAUACAAGGUAGUGAUGACCCAGGUCAAGUUAGCAAUGAAGUCCAAACAAAGACUUGUACCCUGUCUGUACCGGCUCGUCUCUACGUGUAUGCAUUACACGGCUGUCUCUGCGAGGUGUGUUUCACCGCCGUGUUGGACUGGUGCAGCAUCCAGGACAGAAGGAUGAUGGGAUUCAGCAGUCUCUGGGCGCUGCCCAUGUAUGCCACUGCAAUCUACCUAAUGGAGAGACUGAGAAACUGGCUGCUGCUGACUCAUCAUCAACCACUGCCCGUGCGUCUCCUCACAUACACUUUGUUCAUUUACUUGUGGGAGUUCACCUGGGGAACUGUGCUCAGUUUGCUGAAAGCCUGUCCCUGGGACUACUCCGGUUACAAGUACAACCUGGGAGGACUGGUGACUCUGGAGUAUGCGCUUCCUUGGGCACUCGCAGCCUUUAUUGCAGAGCAGCAUGUGAUCAGAAACACUCUGAUGAUACGACUGUACUGGUGAACAACUACCAUUUCGAAAAAAAUUAGCUUCUGUCAGCAGCUAGAAAAAAAAGAAUGGAUAUUAAUAGAGGAACAAAUCACAUCAAUAUUGUUUAUCAUAAAAACCUUUGGGGUAUCUCAGAAAUUUUUGUAUUAAAUGUGAAUUUUUUUCUGUUUCUGUAAAUGUAUUUCUUAAUUUUCAACUGUUGUCAAAGAAAGCUCUCUUUUGAGUAUAUGCACUACAACAUAAUUAGGGUGGUAUAGGUUAAAGGUAAUGUUGUCUGUUGUUGGAACUGAUGCAAAUCCAGUACUCAUAACUUUUUUUAAACUUUCAUUUCGAUAAAUACUAUCUAAAUAAUAAAAGUGAACAAAUGCAGUGGAAAUAUUCCAAUGAAGAAAAAAAGACAAACGUUAUUAUUUUAUGCAUAUUUAUAUAUAUAUAU